AUGGUUACGGGCUCAAACAUAAGCCUGAAACAUAUUCCCCACAGCCUGAACGUUUCUCCACAGCCUGAAACAUAUUCCCCACAGCCUGAACGUUUCCCCACACAUCAGGCGUUUCCCCACAGCCUCUACGUUUCCCCACAGCCUGAAACAUAUUCCACACAGCCUCAACAUUUCCCAACAGUAUCAGGCGUUUCCCCACAGCCUGCAACACUUCCCAACAACUUCAAACGUUUCCCCAACAUUUUCCCACAGCCUGAGACAUCCCCUAAUAGCGUCAAACAUUUCCCCACAGCCUCAACGUUUCCCCACAGCCUGAAACAUUCCACAACAGCAUCAGACAUUUCCCCACACCUCAAACGUUUCCUCAUAACUUCAAACGUUCCCUACAGCCUCAAAAGUUCCCUCAACCUCAGACGUUUUCCCACAGCCUCAAACGUCUUCCCACACUCUCAAACGUUUCCUCAACAGCCUCAAAUAUUUUCAAACAGCCUCAAACCUUUCCCCACAACCUCAAACGUUUCUCUACAACCUCAAACGUCUUCCCUCAGCCUCAAACGUUUCCCCAAAUCCUCAAACAUUUCCGCACAGCCUCAAAGGUUUUCCUACAGCCUCAAACGUGGACAGCCUAAAAUGUUUUCCCACAGCCUCAAAAGUUUCUACACAACCUCUAAACGUCUUCCGACAUCCCCACAACCUCAAAAGAUUUCCCACAGCUCCAAACGUUUCUCCACAGCCUCAAAACGUUCCCCUAAACGUUCCACGACCCCGCACCACAACAACGGCAGCCGGUCAAGAGGAGCCCGAAGACCGAACGCCAAGAUGAAUUGUAUGCACGGCCUUGGCGGAUGA